AUGGUUCAAGCCAGUGAAAUAAGUAUUUUCCUAGAACCCCUAGACAUUGAUACCAAGAAGUUUGUAUUCUUUGCUCUUAAUGAUAAUAAUUCACCUGACAAGGCAGGAGGUUCUCAUUGGAGCCUUCUUGUUUUCUCUAAAACUGAAAAUUGUUUUUAUCAUUUUGAUUCGUCAUCUGGAAGCAAUCAUGAUGUUGCAUGGGAUUUUGCAAGUCAUUUAAUGUCAUAUUUGAGGAAAGGAGGUACAAUUAAUUUUGUGGACAAGGAAUGCUUGCAACAAAACAACGGCUAUGACUGUGGUGUGCAUGUAAUUUGCAAUACUGAGAGGCUAGCAACCCAUGCUCAAAACCAUCAAGAAAUUAACUCGUGUGAAAUGUCUGUCAAAAUUAAUCCUAACAUAAAGAGGAAAGAAAUUCUUGGAAUUAUUCAUAGUUUAUCGAAAUCUAACUAA